AUGUUCGAGGCAAAGCUCGCCAAUGCCGCUCUUCUCAAGAAAAUCGUUGAAGCUAUCAAAGUAAGUGAAUUUAUUGGAUUUUUGAUUGAAAAAUAGUCAUAUAAAUUUUUUUCAGGACUUGGUAACUGAUGCGCCUUUCGAUUGCUCAGAAUCGGCAAUGUGCUUGCAAGCAAUGGACUCUUCGCACGUAGCCUUGGUUUCUCUCAAGCUCGAGGUUACCUGAAUAUGAGUAAUUAUCUUUUUAAAAAAUGUUUGAUUCAGGUAGGUAUGUUUGACACGUACCGCUGUGAUCGCACAAUCAAUCUUGGGCUCUCAUUGGCAAACAUGUCCAAAGCUUUGAAGUGUGCCAAUAACGACGACACUUGCAUGAUUAAGGUAUCAUUGUACAUUGAGAAAAGGAUUGUAAGUGGAGAUUUAGUACGAAGAGAACGACGGCGAUUCCAUCACAUUCACGUUUGCUGAUGUCAAGCGCGACAAGACUCAAGACGUAACAGUUAAAAUGAUGGACAUCGACAGCGAGCACUUGGGUAUUCCGGAUCAAAGCUAUUCGGUCGUCUGUGAGAUGCCUGCUUCGGAGUUCCAAAAGACAUGCAAGGACCUCGCUACAUUUUCCGAUUCAUUGAACAUCACUGCAACCAAGGUAUAUUUCUUUUUUUUUUUUUGGAGUUCAGGCAUGUAACCUUUUUAGGCCGGUAUUGUAUUCACUGGCAAAGGAGAUAUUGGAACUUCCGUGGUAACAUAUUCUCCUUCUAGCAAUUCCGACGAUGAAAGCGAGGUGGAAGAAAAUUGUUUUAGUAAUUAUUUAACCAUGUACUUUUUCAGUCUGUUUCACUAGAAGUGAAAAGAUCCAGUCAACGUCAACUUUUCCAUUAAAUAUAUGAAUCAAUUCACAAAAGCAACAGCUCUGUCGGACAGAGUCAGACUUUCUUUGUGUAACGAGGUGCCCGUUGUUGUCGAGUAAGCGAAUAUCAGUCAAAAAUUAACAAAUGAAUAAAAAUUGACAGAUACCCAAUCGAAGACAAUGGAUACCUUCGAUUCUACCUGGCUCCUAAAAUCGACGACGAAGAAAAUAUGGACUAA